GCGUAUUUUCACAAUCCAGAACCUCAGCAAUGGAGUAUUUGCUGCCGACUCUGAGGAAGAAGCAAGAGGUCGAUUCUCUCAUCAGAGACACCAUAGACAAAGUCCUCGUCCUUCGCUUCGGUCUCUCUUCUGAUGCCGUCUGCCUCCAGCUCGACGACGUCCUGUAUAAAUCGGCGAAAGACGUGUCAAAAUUCGCGACGGUGGGGCUAGUGGAUGCGGCGGAGGAGGAGAUUCAAGUUUAUCUCAAGUAUUUCGAUAUUACACAUGUCCCCUCCAUCGUCUUCUUCUUCAAUGCUCACCACAUGAAAAUGGAUUCCGGAAGUGCGGAUCACACUAAAUGGGUUGGUACAUUUCAGAAAAAGCAAGACUUUGUGGAUGUUGUGGAGGCGAUAUUCAGAGCGGCAAUGAAGGGCAAGCUGAUUGUAAACUGCCCGCUUCCUCCUGAGAGAAUACCAAAGUUUCAGUUGCUAUAUAAAGAUGUUUAGGAGGUUCAGUUGCAAAGGUUACCACAGCAAUAAAUCUCUGUUGUUGCGAUGCAAUAACACUUACAUGGUAUUGUCUGUAAACGACAGAGAAGUAUCGCGAAGACCUAUUGAAUUAACAUUACUUAUUACUACGUUCUAACAUCUAACUUUCUUGUCUAUAAGUUAGGAAGAACAUAUAUUCUCAGGUGUACUUUCACUUUCUGUUUUGGAAUUUUGUUCCUGUAACUGAUGAAAAUUAUACAUUUGAAAGUAUGAUAUGACAAAAUACAUGCAAUGUGUUCAAUA